UUUUUCUCCUUCCACCAGACACUGUGUGGAAUUUUGUGCUAUGUAAUAUAACUCCGGGAUAUUGUGUUUUUAGUCAUUUGAGCGCCGAUAAAAUGCAUUUAUUUAUCCGGAUUUGUUUUCUCCUGCUGCCUCUUCACACACUGACGGUUGGAGCUGCUGUAAAAACAGAGAGGAAAAAUGUCCUUUUCAUCAUGGCGGACGAUUUACGGACAUCACUGGGCUGCUACGGCGACGCUGUGGUAAAAUCGCCAAAUAUUGACCAGCUGGCGUCCAAAAGCCAAGUUUUUCUCAACGCGUUUGCACAGCAAGCUGUUUGUGGUCCCAGUCGGACGUCCAUGUUAACCAGUCGCAGACCAGACACCACCAGGCUCUACGACUUCAACUCCUACUGGAGAGUCCACUCUGGGAACUACACAACUCUGCCGCAGUACUUUAAAUCUAACGGGUACUUCACCAUGUCUGUGGGCAAAGUGUUUCACCCAGGCAUUGUCUCGAACCACACCGAUGAUUAUCCCUACAGCUGGUCCAUCCCUGCCUACCAUCCGCCUUCAUUCAGAUUUGAGAAAAAAAAGAUGUGUAAAGGAGAGGAUGGGAAGCUUCACGUCAACCUGCUGUGUGCUGUGAACGUGACGGAGCAGCCUGGAGGAACCCUGCCCGACCUGGAGAGCGCCGACGAGGCGGUGAGGCUGCUGAAGAGCCGAGCCGGCAGUCAGCAGCCUUUCUUCUUGGGCGUGGGCUUCCACAAGCCACACAUACCGUUCAGGAUACCACAGGAGUACCUGAGCCUGUAUCCUUUAGAUAAAAUGACUCUGGCUCCAGACCCCGAUGUCCCAAAACAGCUCCCACCUGUCGCCUACAACCCCUGGGUGGAUGUCAGGAUGAGAGAGGAUGUCCAGAAGCUGAACCUCAGCUUCCCUUAUGGACCGAUUCCUAAAGAGUUCCAGCUGCGUAUCCGUCAGCACUACUACGCUGCUGUGUCUUAUAUGGACGCUCAGGUCGGGCGGCUGCUCAGCGCUCUGGACGAGCUGCAGCUGACCAACAGCACUGUGGUGGUGUUCAGCUCUGAUCACGGUUGGUCGUUAGGUGAACACGGCGAAUGGGCUAAAUACUCCAACUUUGAUGUGGCGACGCGUGUCCCUCUGAUGUUCUUCGUUCCCGGUGUCACAUCGAACCGUAAUGGGCUGAAAAUGUCCACCUUCCCCUUUAUUGAUGUCCUUAGGCAGCCGGAGCGCAGCUUCAAUAAUGACAGAGUAACAAGAAACAUGGCGGAGCUGGUUGACAUAUUUCCUACCCUCUCCCACCUGGCUGGUCUCAAAACACCUGGACGCUGCCCUGAUGUUUCCUUCCAGACGGAGCUGUGCACAGAAGGACAGAACCGAGCUCACAGCUUUCGACAGCGAGAAGGAAGGCGCGAUGAAGAGCUCGUGUCUUUCAGCCAGUACCCUCGACCUGCUGACGCGCCGCAGCUGAACUCUGACCUCCCCAACCUCGAAGACAUCAAGAUCAUGGGCUACUCCUUGCGCAACUGGGACUACAGAUACACUCUGUGGCUGGGCUUCAACCCCAAAACAUUCCAGGUGAACGUAUCCGACGUGCACGGGGGAGAGCUGUACAUGUUGGAGGACGACCCCGGCCAGGACAACAACGUCUACAACAGCAUCUUCAGCGACUCCAAUCACAGUGUGGUUAUGAGGAAGAUGGCCAGCCUUCCUCCCACGGUGAGUCUGCAGAUGAGAAUGAAGCUGCAGUUAUGCUACCUCACAGCAGGGAUGAAGACGAGCGGAGGGAAGGCGUGAUGACGAGAAUGAAACACAACAGAUGGACAGAUGGGGACAAAGGGAAGAUGGAUGGAUGAAAAGGAAAACGGCUCGGGUGCUGUUUUUACUGUAAUUCAUACACAGUUCGGUGUUAUGUUGUAUCCAUAUCAAGUGUUUUCGCUUCGUUCUUCAGGCUCAUGUUCCGUAAGAACGCGUUGUCGGGCAGAUUUGGGUUCAACACAUCAGGAAAGGGAAUAAGAAAUGUGUUGUGUGUUUUGUUAGAAAACACAUCAUCCUGUGGAGUUCACACUUAGCAGAGAGGUGAAGUGUUAAUUCUGGUUAAAAAGGAAACAUCCAUGAGAGCAGCAACUUGUGAUUUAUUUAUUUUCUUUUUGCUAAACACAACUUCCACCUUAUGUGGCAGAAGAGCAAUUCCAGUUUUAGCGGUGGACACAUUUCUGAUUCAGUAGUUAAAGAAACGGCUUGUGAUUUUUUUUUUUUGCUUUAUUCGAGAUGGUUUGAUAAAGAUCUCUAGCACAUUAAUAUCUCUCGACUAAAUAUGACGCUGGAGCCGGCAGGUAAUUAGAGUUACUUAACCUGAAAUGUGAAAGCAGGAGGAACAGGCUAGCCCGACCUGAUCAGAGAUCUUAAUUGCAGCACUUUAAAACUGACUUAACUGAUUUUUCUCUCUUUUGGUUUAAUCUGUACACAAAGAAAUAUAAACAUGACGAAUUUAAUGACAUGGAAAGUGCAGUGACAAGUGUAAAAACUGGAGGCAGACAAGUACUUUAACCUCUUGGAGGAACUAGACCAGUAUUUAUGUUAACUUGAGCUGAUCUUAAAUCAGCUUGUAAUAAACAUACCGACAUGAAAGUUGUCAGGAUCGUCUAAACUCUCCAAAAAAUUCCGUUCCUAUAAAACUAAACUGCAACUCACUUCCAUUCUGAGUUAAAUAUAUUUCCCAGGUUGCUUUUGUUUGUUGAUGUAUCACAAGUGGAUUUUAAAUCAGAAUAUCUUUGCGAUUUGUUGUGUUGCUUCGCGCCUUUCCAGCCCACCGUCUUAUGUUAUCUACCCAGAAAAUGAAGGAGAAGCUUCAAAAAUGACGUCAUAUUUUAAUCCAAACCGUGAUAUAGAUGCUCUAAAGCUAACCAGGUAGUUUUGGUGCCUAAACUUAACCGAACAGUGAGUGAAACCCAAAACUAAAUGAGUGAAAAAUGGAGAAACUUGUUUCUAAGAGUAAUGAUUCCACGCUGAACCCUGGUUUUCUGGAUGAAAAUCCUGUUGCCGUCUAAUACUUCACCCUUCCACCGUGGGGCCUUUUGUGGACUUUGUGGCUCUUACGUCACAGGGUUACGUUUAAUAGGAUGAAUAUUUCUUUUAAAACCGAAUUAGAAUUUUAGUUUAGUUGUAAUUUUUGGGAGACUGUUGCCAAAAUAGUGAACUGUUCCUUUAACGUCACACAGAGCAGCUGAACCAGGUUUUUCUGACCACUGCAUCAGGAAUCACAGAGGAACCGUUCUAACUGUACUCACUCCUACAUGAUCACAUCGUUCUCCUGCUGAACCUGAAGGACGGAGCCUUUCAGUGGAACCAGGUUCUCUCCAGUUGACUGUCCAGUCUCUUCUUUAGGGAACCUUUCGGGUGUCGUCUUUCUCGUCUAGCUACAACAUCCGAUGGGGAACUUCCAUCAUUUUGUACUGUAGCGUUACACAACGUGGCAUUUCUAUUUGCACUAGCAGCUGUUUGCCCGCCUUCCUGUCAACAGUCGCUUCAGAUCAGACCUGAAAUGAAGUGAGUGAAAACCUCCCAUAACGAUUCGAUGCAAAUGAAACGACGCGGCCACGUUUUUACUGCUGUUCUGAUGCGUGAACAUUUUGUGCUGCGGUAAUUUAGAAAAAAAAAAAAAAAAAGAAGCAAUUUUCAGCUUGAAUUUCUGGUCCAACAAUGAAGUGAAGGGAUUUGGUCUGUCGGCUUUUAUUGCCGGCUGCACUGGCUUCAUGUUAAUGGGACACAAAUGAAUCAUGUUUCAUCAGCGGGCUUCUAUCACACGCCUGGAUGUUGGAGGAAGGUGGGAAUGAAUCGGCUCAUUUUACCGUGUUUCCUUUUGUGCUGUAAUACGUUUAACAUGUCGUGAAUGGCGGGUUUAAUCAGCGCAGACACUGGCUGUUUGGAAAAAAAAAAAAAAAGAGCUUAUCCUUGAGUUUAGUUGCAUCAGAGCAUCAUGAAAAUUCAAGCUUUCUUAAGGGGAAAAUAAAUAUUGCAGAAAUAAUUCAAAUCUCAGGCUUGGCAAGGACACACUGUUAAUAUAUUUAUGUCUGUUUCGAUUGGUUUGUUUAAAAAUGAAAUAAUAAAAUGUG